GGUCUAUACACCUCAAGCUUCAAACGAUUGUAUUGUAAUUAAAGGGCGAACAUUUGUAGUUUUAAAACAAAUUGGCACAGGUGGAUCUAGUAAGGUGUUUCAAGUAAUGGAUGAGAAAAAACAAUUAUAUGCCAUCAAGUAUGUGAACUUAGAAGAAGCUGACCGACAGACCAUUGAAAGCUAUCAGAAUGAAAUUUCACAUUUAAAGAAACUACAGCAACACUGCGAUAAGAUUAUUCGGCUAUUUGAUUAUGAAAUCACAGACAAACAUAUAUACAUGGUUAUGGAGUGUGGAAAUAUUGAUCUUAAUUCAUGGCUAAGGAAAAAAAAGACCAUCAAUGCUUGGGAACGUAAGAGCUACUGGAAGAAUAUGCUUGAAGCUGUCCAUACAAUACAUCAACAUGGUAUUGUUCAUAGUGACUUGAAGCCUGCAAACUUUCUGAUUGUUGAUGGGAUGCUUAAGCUAAUAGACUUUGGCAUUGCAAACCAAAUACAGCCUGAUGUCACUAGCAUUGUUAAAGAUUCACAGGUAGGAACAAUCAACUACAUGCCACCCGAGGCAAUUAAAGAUAACACUUCAUAUGCAGACAACGGGAAACACAGAUCAAAGAUUAGUCCCAAAGGUGAUGUCUGGUCUUUGGGAUGUAUUUUGUAUUGCAUGACAUAUGGAAAAACUCCCUUUCAGCACAUAACAAAUCAGAUUGCUAAACUACAUGCAAUUCUAGACCCUGGUUAUGAAAUAGAAGUGCCUGAUAUACCAGAGAAGGACCUCCAAGAUGUACUCCGGAAAUGUUUGGUGAGGAAUCCUAAGGAAAGAAUAUCCAUUCAAGAGCUCUUGAUGCAUCCAUAUGUUCACUUACAACCUUAUCCACAACAACAAG